UCAGCCUCUCAAGUGCUGGGGUUACAGGCGUGCACCGCCACGCCCUGUGAGAAUAUUGAUGUUAUAGAAAAGAUAAAGUUAAUAUAAUGAGAAGUAUUGACUAGAAGAUUUUGAAAAAUAGCUGGUGAAUCAAAUACAGUUCUUAAACUGUAGGCAAUUUGUACUCCUUGUGGCUCUUGAAUAAUGAACCCGUGGGACUCUGUGCUGAAAAUUAGUAUUAGAUAAUAUUUAUUGUGCAUUCUGCCUGGCAUUGUGUAAUGUUCUACGUAAGUUAGGGUUAAAACCAGACAUGACAGUACAUGUCUGUACUCGCUGCAGGGAGGCUGAGGCCGGAUGGCAAGCUAGAGUUCAGCCUGUGCACUUCAGCAACUUAGUGAGACCCUGUCUCAGAAGAAACGAAAGGAACACCCAGCAUACACCUCUGCGUACUUUCAAGGAUGUACACUGUGCAUUUGAGACUGGUCAAAAAAAAUAAUGGAUUUUACAGAGGCUUACUCGGAUACAUGCUCUACGGUUGGACUUGCUGCCAGGGAAGGCAAUGUUAAAAUCUUAAGGAAACUGCUCAGAAAGGGCCGAAGCAUUGAUGUUGCUGAUAACAGGGGAUGGAUGCCCAUUCAUGAAGCAGCUUAUCACAACUCGGUAGAAUGCUUGCGGAUAUUAAUUCAUGCAGAUUCACCUGACGACUACAUUAAGACAAAGACUUUUGAAGGCUUUUGUGCGUUACAUUUUGCCGCAAGUCAAGGACACUGGAAGAUUGCACAGAUUCUUUUAGAAGCUGGAGCAGACCCUAAUGUAACUACUUUAGAAGAAACCACACCAUUGUUUUUAGCUGUUGAAAAUGGACAGAUAGAUGUGUUAAGGCUGUUGCUUCAACACGGAGCUAAUGUUAAUGGGUCCCAUUCUAUGUGUGGUUGGAACCCCUUGCACCAGGCUUCUUUCCAGGAAAACCUAGAGAUCAUGAAGUUACUUCUUAGAGAAGGAGCAGAUAAGGAGUGCCGGGAUGACUUUGGAAUCACACCCUUAUUUUUGGCUGCCCAGUAUGGCAAGCUAGGAAGCUUGAACAUACUUAUUUCCUCAGGUGCAAAUGUCAAUUGUCAGGCCUUGGAUAAAGCUACUCCCUUGUUCAUUGCCUGCCAAGAGGGUCAUACAGAGUGUGUGGAGCUUUUGCUGUCCAGUGGGGCGGACCCUAAUCUUUACUGUAACGAGGACAACUGGCAGUUACCUGUUCACGCAGCUGCACAAAUGGGCCAUACAAAAAUCUUGGACUUACUAAUACCUCUUACUAAUCGGAUCUGUGGAACUGGAGCAGACAAAGUCAGUCCUGUUUACUCAGCAGUGUUCGGAGGCCAUGAGCAGUGCCUGGAGUUGCUUCUCCAGAAUGGGUACGGCCCAGACGCCCAGGUGUGCCCUGUCUUUGGGUUCAGUUCUCCCAUGUGCAUGGCUUUCCAAAAGGACUGUGAGUUCCUUGGAAUUGUGAAUAUUCUUUUGAAAUAUGGAGCCCAGCUAAAUGAACUUCAUUUGGCGUAUUGUCUGAAGUAUGAGAAAUUUUCAGUAUUUCGCUACUUUUUGAAGAAAGCACCGUUAGCACCGUGGACCCAUAUAACUGAGUUUAUAAAUAGUGCAGUUAAAGCACAAGCAAAAUACAAGGAGUGGCUGCCACAUCUUCUGCUUGCUGGAUUUGACCCACUGAAUCUACUCUGCAGUUCUUGGAUGGAUUCAGUCAAUGAGGACGCCCUUAUCUUCACUUUGGAAUUUACUAAUUGGAAGAGACUUCCACCAGCUGUUGAAAGGAUGCUCUCUGCUCGUGCCCUGAACUCCUCUUGGGUUCUGCAGCGGUGGAUUGCCUCUGUUCCGUCCUUAGCCCAUCUUUGUCGUUUGGAAAUUCGGUCCAGCCUAAAAGCAGAUCACUCAAAAUCCGACAGUUUUAUCCGCCAGUUGCCACUUCCUAGAAGCCUGCAUAAUUACUUGCUCUAUGAAGAGGUCCUGAGGAUGAAUGAGGUUCCAGAGCUGGCAGUCUGUGAUGGAGAAAUCAGUGAAGCUACUUAACACAGUUCACAUCUUAUCCUGAAAACCAUCAAGACGAAAGAGCCACAGUGUACAAAUGAUUCGUGAAUUUUUUUUUUUUUUUUUUUUUUUUUGUAUCAGGAGUCGAAGUCAGGACCUUGCGCUUGCCAGGCAGGCAGGUGCUGUGCUGCUGAGCUAUAGCUCCAGCCCUAUUCGUGAUUUUUGUAGUCACCAAAAUGAUUUUUGUUUGUGCAAAUUGUUACAUUUUGGGGGGCAGUACUAAAUGUGAAUGUUUACAGCAGGGCUUCUCAGUUAAAAAAAAUAGUAAACUUUACUAUUUUAUUACCGUUUCAUUACCAGUAUGCUUUAUGUUGUAGUACUCGUUUACCUCACCAUUGUCUGCUUUAUUCUGCUAAUAAACUGUGAUGUUUGUCCUAGUGCUACACAGGGCACAUUUCCGCCUAAAAUUUACGUUCACCUGGUGCUGGCAACGACAAAUGGAAUAUGUAACACUUCUCUGGAAGAGUAUACAGCUGUGUUGUUGAAUUUAUUAUUGUUGUUAUUAUUUUGGGGGGCUGGGUGUCUCUUCAGUUUAUCACAGAAUAGGUUGUCCUAUCCUUUCAUAUUUCAUUUUAACCUCUGAAGCCAGCCACUUCUAUGAAGAAUUGACAUUCAUUACCUUUUCACAUGUAAACUCUGGGGAAUUUUUUUUAAAGAAAAUAAUGUUGCUGGUCUCACCCACUGCCAGUUCCUUUAUAGUCUUUGGCAAAAGUGAACCCCACUUUUAAUCUGCAAAGGUUAAGAAUGUACCUAAGCUCACAGGCACACUCAGUUCAAGUUAUAAGGCCAGUUUGAGGGUAAACAAGCAUAUUACCACUGUUAGAAUAUUAGAAGGGAGCCGGAGGGAACAUUCCUGUGGCACCCUCUUUAAAAGGUGCGUAGCCAAAGUUAGUACCAAAUAUUACGUCCAGGCUCCCUCAGCCCCAGAAUCAAAGGCAGCUUUGUUCCUGUGAAAUGGUAAUGGCUGAUUUUAUUAGUAUUAUAGUGUUUUUUUCUUAUUUUCUAGAUGAGUUAUCAAACAGCCUCUGAAAUAGACCCCAGAAUCCUGGUUAGUGAGGCACACCCUCAUGGGUGUGUAGUCGCUCAGUGGAAAUCUAGAGUCGGAGGACGAACACGGGACACGGAGUUGCUUAGCUGCUGGGAGACGGAGCUUUGAGAGCGGGGCAGGAGCAUUCCCCUCACGGUGGACAGUUGGAGAUGGGGCAAGGGAGGCAGGGCUCCAUCCCGUGGGAGCCUGAGGUGAGCUCACGGGUGUGGAGCUGUCUCCCUCUGUGAGAGGCCUUCGCUGUUCGAUAGAAGUCGUGGCGACAGUGGGGUGGGGACAGCAGCACUGCCAAGAUCGGAGGGAUACCUGGGUCUUUCCUCUGUGGGUCAGGUGUAGUCCGAAGUAGGUGAGACGUGGAAAUCCAGGUGGAGUCUGACCACUAAACUUAAUAAAGAAAUUCCAAAAUUAUUUGCACGAUACUGUAUUUUUCAAAUAUCAUAACCUUUAUUUUCCAAACCCUAAGUCUCUGUGAUUUUUUUAAUACAGCACUUUUGGGGGUGGUGUUAAGGGCCAAAUGUGCAUAGAAAGCUUAAAUCUGAAGGUGAUUUUUUAUGUAUUGUUCACAUAUUGUUCAUGGUCAGCUGUAUAAUUAAAGACAUUGUAAAUUA